ACUUACACGGAGUCACAUUAAAUUCUGUAUUGAUUAGACAUUACUCGUUCUAACUCCAUUCAAAAUUUUUACUGAUAAAUUUCUUACCUAGUUUCCAUCAAUCAGUGAUCGAAUAUUACUCGUAAUUACUUAACUUUUUAUACUAUAAAAUCAUGACUCCACGCAUGACUGAAUCUGACGAAAAACCAAAUGAAGAAAAUAUGCCACAUGAUACAAUAAAACCACCAGAGCCAAUGGAAAAAUUGAAAAUAAUACAUCAUUUAGUUAUUGUUUACAUCUACUUCCAUGUCGCUGGGUUAUAUGGAUUAUAUUUAUGUUUCACAACAGCUAAAUGGCUGACUAUGGGAUUCGGUGUGCUGGUUUACUUAUUAGGAAUACUGGGCAUCACUGCAGGUGCUCAUAGACUAUGGUCGCACAGAAGUUACAAAGCAAAACUGCCACUGCAGAUUAUCCUGAUGCUACUAAACAGCAUAGCAUCCCAAAAGACAGCCAUAAACUGGUCUCGGGAACAUCGCUUGCACCACAAAUGCUCAGAUACUGAAGGCGAUCCUCAUAACGCAAACCGUGGAUUCUUCUACUCUCAUCUAGGCUGGCUGAUGACUAAGAAAUCUAAGGAAGUAAUAAAACAAGGAAAGUGCAUAGACUUGUCAGAUCUAUACAAUAAUCCUGUCUUACGUUUCCAAGAAAAAUAUGACGUACCCAUUAUAACUACUCUCUGUUUUAUCCUCCCGACUGUCAUACCGGUGUACUUCUGGGGCGAAACCUGGAACAACGCUUGGCAUUUGAACAUGCUACGGUUCGUCGUGAGUUUGAACCUGACCUGUUGCGUCAACAGCGUUGCCCACAUGUGGGGCUACAAGCCGUACGACAAAACGCUUUUGCCCGGUCAAAACGUUCUACUUACUACUGUUGUCCUGGGAGAAGGUUUCCACAACUACCACCAUGUGUUUCCAUGGGACUACCGGACCUCGGAACUUGGGAACGUGAAAUUAAACUUCACAACGUACUUCAUCGAUUUUUUCGCUUGGAUCGGAUGGGCUUACGAUCUAAAGUCAGCAUCCAAGGAUGUUAUAAAGAAUCGAUCGGAGAGAACUGGCGAUGGCACGGAUCUAUGGGGACGUAAAAGUGAUUAAUUGACAUCAUUACAUAUCGUGAUCGUCCUUAUCAUGCAGAUGCGCCAGUGAGUACUAAUCUGCGCAACCGGGGCGGACCGCCCCACCGCGCCCCCUUCAUACGCCGCUAAGGAAAUAGUGAGAUAUUGAUUGUAAAACAAUCAAGUAAAAUCAUUUUGAUGUACCUAAUUUCAAAUUACUUCGAUCAAAUUAUUUCUACAAUUGUGAUUUUAAUAUUAUAUAUUAUUAUGAUUAUUAUAAAGAGCUGUGGUUUUCUGAAUAAAGAAAAAUAAAAAAUAAAAAUAAAUAAAUAAAAUUAAGCUUUACAUUAGGGAUGGCGAUCUGAAAAUGAUAAUCCAGGAAAUAAAAUAAGUAAUUCUUAAAAUGUUAGAUCAAUCUCGUGAAUGUACCGAAAAUCAGGAUCGAUUUAUCCUUAAUUUUCCUCUUCUCCUGUGAAAUUCAUCUAUGCCAUGAUAUGAAACGUAUUUUUUAAGAUAAAGUAAGUAGGUAUUUUUCACUUUGUAAAUUAUAUAGUAACAUCAUCGUGACUUUGGGAAAUCUUAGCAUACUAAAUAAUUGCACGUUUAGGUAAGUAGGUGACAUUGUCCUUUAUGAGGGUGCGCUAAGGUCUUCUAUGUUGUAUUAAGUUUAAGCUUCUCUUGUCAUUUGCACCUUUAACUUAAUUUCAUUUCAAUUUAGAUUAUUUAGUUGUAUCUUAUUUUUAUUCAUAAGAUUU